GUACAUCUGGUUGACGGUACGUGUGCUUGUUUCAGAGUGCUAAUAGAUGUUUGAUUUAAUAGGUAUAUUCUCACCUUUGUUUACACGUGUGAGACAGAUGAGAGUCAACUGGCGAACAUGUGUGUGUGUUUGAAUGAGAGCCAGGAAAAGGGGAAGGGCCUCGAGUGAGCGGACAAAAACAGCUACUCUUGUGUGUUCGGGAAGCCUCAGCCAGAGAGAGGGAAUCAGGAGAGAGACGGACCAGCACGGUCCAAAUCUCUAUAUGGGUUGUGCCCUGAGUGCAGAUAGCUGCGGGGAUGAGCCGGAUCCAGUGCCCAUGAGAGGGUCUUUAAGGAGGGAGAGAGCGGAGUCCAGGGGAACCAUGAGGUUGACUAAGGCAUGCAAAGGCGAGCCCCACGUCUUCAAAGAAAAAACCUUCAAAAAGAAGCGGCAGUGCGGGGUUUGCAGACAGAGCGUUGAGAGUUUGGGCUCCUUCUGUCGAGUCUGCAAAACAGCCACUCAUAAGAAAUGCGAAGCCAAGAUCAACACAGCAUGCAUCACGGUGCAACCCUCCGAACUGCGGAGGGGAACAUCCUCCUCUAGACACAUUCAGCAUCUGGGCUCGACCAAGUCUCUGACCUACACCAAACAGAGAAACACUCUCCCAAGGAGCUUCAGUGUGGACCGGGUGAUGGACAGAGUAAUGGAGAGGAACUAUGAUUUCGACCUCACCUACAUUACAGAGCGGAUUAUUUCUGUGUUUUUUCCCCCUCUGCUGGAAGAGCAGCGGUACCGUCUCAACCUCAGAGAGGUAGCGGCGAUGCUCAAGUCCAAACACCAGGACAAGUUUUUGUUAUUCAAUCUAUCCGAGAGAAGACAUGACAUUACUCGAUUAAACCCAAAGGUUCAUGACUUCGGCUGGCCAGAUAUGCAUGCUCCUCCUCUGGAUAAGAUCUGUGCCAUGUGCAAAGCCAUGGAGAACUGGCUGAACUCCGACCCCCAGCAUGUGGUCGUUCUGCACUGCAAGGGCAAUAAAGGAAAGACAGGAGUUAUUAUUGCUGCCUACAUGCAUUACAGCAAAAUAUCAGCAGGAGCAGAUCAGGCCCUCAGCACAUUGGCCAUGAGGAAAUUUUGUGAAGAUAAAGUGUCCUCCUCUCUCCAACCCUCUCAGAAUAGGUAUAUCUAUUACUUUGGUGGUCUUCUCUCAGGGGCCAUUAAAAUGAACAGCAGUCCUCUCUUCCUCCAUCAGGUCCUCAUUCCUACCAUCCCCAACUUCCAGGAAGAUGGAGGUUUCUUCCCUUUCCUGAAGAUCUAUCAGGCCAUGCAGCUUGUCUACACUUCUGGAAUAUAUGAUUUGCAGGGUUCUGGGAGCAGAAGGCUGAUAGUCACUAUCGAGCCUGCGCUGCUGCUGAAAGGAGACAUCAUGGUAAAGUGUUAUCACAGAUGUGUUCAGGCUGCUGAGAGGGACUCUGUGUUUCGACUGCAGUUCCAUACCUGCACUAUUCAUGGAGCUCAGCUGUGGUUUGGCAAAGGGGAACUGGAUGAAGCCUGUUCAGAUGACAGAUUCCCCACUGAUGCCACAGUGGAAUUUGUGUUUUCGUCUGGACCAGAGAAGAUCAAAGGAAGAAUGAGCCAGAGGAAUGAUCCAGCUGUCAGUGUUGACUAUAACACAAAUGAUCCUGUGGUGCGCUGGGACUCUUAUGAGAACUUCAAUCAGAGAUAUCAGGACAGCUUAGAGGAUAUCGCACACACACGAGGGCCACUUGAUGGCAGCCUGUACGCGCAGGUCAAAAAGCGUCGAGCUGCAGGCUCCACCUCCCUGUCCUCCACCAAUGGGAGUCCUGCAAGAAGCUCUGAUGAGAGACCUAGUCAGCUUCUGUCUGUCAGCACUGAUUCUGGACACUCAUCUGUCCCACCUGACCGCCUCGAUGAACCAACACGACCGUCCCCACCUACUCAGCAAGAGAAGGAGGAGCUUGAGCGGCUCCUGGGUGGAAUUGAAGGUGACGGAAGUGUUAGAGAUCGUGACCGAGAGACAGCCAUUUUGGAUGAUGGCGACUCCUUGCCUCCCGAACGGACUGGGUCACUGAGGUUAGGCCGUUCAUGUUCAUGUCGGGUGGGCUACCGAUCCCAACGUUGUGUCGAGCCUGGGUGCGAUGGACUCCAUCACUUAUCCAAUGGCUAUUUCCUUGAUCGUCCUCCUAAUGGACACACUGGAGCUCCCACUCCAGGUAUGACUUCAGUCAUUGGGCUUUGUCAACACCACAGUGUCAAUCCUCACCAGUCUCUGCCACCUCCGGACUUGCUCUGGGAUCGCCAACAAGGCCCACAGCACUACCUUCACCGCACUUGCUCAGAGGGGCCAUCACGUCACUUGUGCCCAUAUCCUUCCCAAGACAUCAGCCCCCAUCCGCAUAGUCUGUCAUCAACUGGGCGACUACUCUGUAGGGCAGACGAGUACAUUCCAUAUCCCCACCAUCACCUCAACCAUCCACACCACCCGAAACCCUCUGGCCCUUACCAUGAUGUCAUGAUGCUAGAUGGCCUAGUGACACCUGGCUGCCCAUGUCGGGAUUGCUGCAUGCGGCGAGAAGAUUUUCAUACCCUCCGUUUGGACCGAGAAGAUGGACUACACUGGGAGCGAGAAGCAGAGCUUCACCGGGAUACUGGGUUGAGGCGUGGCAGAGAGUCUGAUAUCCAGAGAGGGGCAGACCAAUGGGACCGGGAGGUGGGGCUUAGGCGGGGACGUGAAAUGUCACUCCACUGGGACAGAGACAGAGAGGCAGAGCUACAGUGGGAGAGGGAACGAGAGGCAGAAUAUUGGCACAGAAGGACCACUAUAUCGCCCUACGGGCCCCACGGUCAUGACUUACCAACAUUUAACUUCGAUCCCCUGCCCGCCGGCCACCCAGCAUACCCCGAAUCCUCCCGGUCCCACUCACACUCCCAUCUGGAUCUCAAAUACAGCAGCAGCUCCAGUGAAUACCAGACGCCACACCAGGCAUGCCCUUGCUUCUCCUACCAGCCCUCACCUUCAGAGAGCCGUGGAUAUGCCUCAGGCUACCAGUCUGAAUCUACGUCCCCACUACCCCCUCCCUCCGGCUCCUGCCCUGGCCCAGUGCACCACACCAGUGGACCUACAGACAGCCAAACAGACUCACACACUCAGCAGUACACCUCUGACACAAAUACAGAUUGCCCUGGUGCAGAUGGCAUAGGCUGGCGCAGUCACAUCACCCAUAGUUCCUUAAGGCGGACACAUCCAGAUCCACAUGCUCCAUGUUCCACACCCUCAGAUAUUUCAGGACCUCCAACACCAGUCCACACUAGCAGUCCAUUGCGAACCCAGGAGAGCCCCAGUCUGAGUGUCCGUGAAUAUGACAUGAGAGAGAUGAACAGUGAAAACAGUUCAGUCCAAUCCCACAACAGGCCUUACCCACCUGCCCUGCAGUCCAACAGCACCAAUCAGGUGCCUCAACAAACUGUACUUUCAUCCAAUCAAGAGAUCCCUCAGACACACCCUUUCCCUGCCACGGCCACCACCACCCAACAACUCUCCACCUAUUCCAUGCCUACAACACCCCCAACCCCACAAAUCCACACCACACCUGAACACUCCGCCCCUUUAACACCCCCAUCAGAAUCAAGCCAAACACAAACCAACUGCUCGCCUACUGCUGCUACAGCGCCACCCACAAGGGAAACGGUACCUAUGCCCCAGACAGCCCAACCAGAGACUGUUAAACCAGUAGCCCCACAUUCCGUUACUCCAACAACACCACAGCCCUCUUCUCCCGUCCCUGUUGAGUCCAUCCCACCUCACCCGCAGACUAAUGGAGGGUCACCAUCUCCUGAACCAGACACCCCUAAACCUACUUCCUCUGCCCCUGCUUCCCCACAACGGCCUGUUGGUGACCACGAGAGCUCAUCCUCACCUGAACCCCCAGUACCUGGGUUCGCCACACUAGGCAGGAAGCUAAUGCUGGGCUCUGAAACUUCACAUCCUGCAGGACACAUGCAGGUGUGCACUAGUAUAGGGGGAAGCCCAAACUCCUCAAUGGGCAACUCCACACCCACUUUCCCUCUCGCCCCAGCCUGCUGUACCCCGUCUCCUCCACCAGGCUCCUACUUAGGGUGUCCAGCCAUCUCUGUCCCACAUCCGCCCCUUCCUGAGAAACGCCGCCCGUCCGGGCUGAUAGGCUCACCCAAUGGGAGGUCUGGAACCUUGAGGGCAUCCGUGGGUCACCAACCCUCUGGACAGCACCACGUUACAUUCUCCCCUUCAGUUGGAGAGCUGACUGUGUCUGCUGGACAGGGAGAUGACAGUGUGCAGGGUGAUAUAGACAGCCCCGUCAGUGUGAAAUUUGUGCAGGACAGCUCACGGUUUUGGUAUAAACCAGGCAUCUCCAGAGAGCAAGCUAUAGCAGCACUGAAGGAAAGAGAUCCAGGGGCCUUCCUCAUCCGAGACAGUAACUCCUUCCAGGGGGCCUACGGUCUGGCCCUGAAAGUUGCCAGCCCGCCUCCCAACGUCAAUAACCACAGCAGCAAAGGGGGAGACCCUAUGGAACAGCUGGUUCGACACUUCCUCAUUGAGACAGGCCCUCGAGGAGUGAAGAUCAAGGGCUGUCACAAUGAACCCUACUUUGGGAGUCUUUCAGCACUUGUGUAUCAGCAUUCCAUUACACCGAUCUCUCUGCCCUGUGCCCUCCGCAUCCCAGAGAAAGAUCCAAUAGGAGAAGUCCCUGAGGUUCAGCCAGUCAGUAAUAUGAGUACAGCUGCAGACCUUCUCAAACAGGGAGCAGCCUGCAAUGUGCUAUACCUGAACUCUGUAGAGACUGAGUCACUGACAGGGCCCCAGGCUAUCGCUAAGGCCACGGGGGCCACAAUGUCACGCAACACUCGGCCCUCUGCCACAGUGGUCCACUUUAAGGUGUCAGCCCAGGGCAUUACACUGACGGACAGCCAACGCAGGGUGUUCUUCAGGAGACAUUACCCCAUUAACAGCGUGACUUUCAGCAGUGUGGACCCACAGGACAGAAGGUGGACUAACUCAGACAGCACGACCUCUAAAGUAUUUGGUUUUGUUGCAAAGAAGCCCGGGAGCAUGGCGGAGAAUGUGUGCCACCUUUUUGCAGAGCUGGAUCCCGAACAGCCCGCUACUGCCAUUGUCAACUUCAUUAACAAAGUUAUGCUGGCACCACAGAGACGCUAGAGACCCAGGGAGAAAGAUCAUUUGUGAUCUUAAGUUACACCACAGCACCUGCCUAAAAUGGCUUUGUGCACUUUCUGUUAAACACAAAUGACAACAAAGUUCAAGGGCUUCGCAACUGCAUUUUACUGUCUAGCAACUUUUUGUUUGUAAUCUAAGACAAAGGGCUUUACCAUUGACUAACAUGAUACCAAAACAAACGAAAAGCCAAAUAUUUCAGAAUGUAACCAGACUGAAGCAAACAGUUUGUUGAGGUCAAGCGGUUUUGCCUUUUGUUCAUUGGAUUGUGUAAUUGACUUUAUGAAAUAAAAUCACUCAUAGCACCAUGAUUGCUAAACUAUGUAGACUAAGCACCAGGGGUUUUCAGAAAAGAUAUCUAUAAGGCACUGUUAUUGACCCCCUGAAUAAAAUGUUAUAUGCACUCGGAAACAUAUACUGUACCUUGCACAGAUAUCAGUCUUUGCAGUACGACAAUCAAUCAACAGUUCAUGUACAUCACUUUUGUUCUUUAUUCACUGUAACUUUUAGGCCAUGUCCACACUAAUCCGUUUUCGGUAUGCGGUUAUGGGAGGGCUUUUUUCAGACUGCAUCCAUUUUCAGAGGGGGGAAACACAGUUCUAAUGUGGAUGAGAGGCAUAAAUGUAGCUAAAUUAAUGCGUUUUCAAACGAAAAUGUAUUAGUAGGCCACAUUAACACUAAUCCGUUUUCAGUGUCACAAUGUCAUUGUUUCCCAACGUAUACAGGUAUGGAGAGUGUUCUCGAAACGCUCUGUUUCGAUGGAGGGAAACGUAGUUCUAAUCUAGCUAAAUUUAUGCAUUUCUAACAAAAACUUAGUAGUAGUUCUUGUCCAAACCAAUCCGUUUUUGUUUGAAAACUCUGGAAUGAUGCCGAUAGGAAGCUAUAAAAUAAGUGUUGUUUGAAACUUCAUCGCUUAUGAGUGUUUUCGAAACGCUCCAAUUGUGAUGGAGGAAAAAAGGCCGUUCUAAUGUGCAUGAGAGGUUUAAACGUAGCAAAAUGAAUGUUUUUAACAAAAGCUUAUUAGUAGGUCAUGUCCACAUCAAUCUGUUUCUGUUUGAAAACUCAAUUUAUAGUUUCCUAACGCCAACGUUUUCCAAAGUAUGCGGUUAUGGAGGGCGUUUCUGAAAUGCUCAGUUUUUGGUGGAGGAAAACACCAUUUUAAUGUGGAUGAGAGGCGUGAAUGUAGAGAAAUAAAUGCGUUUUCAGUUAAAAAUGUGUUAGUAUGUCACAACCACAGUAAUACAUUUUUGUCAAAUUCCAUUUUCAGUUUCCUAACCUGGAGUGUGUUCGAAACGCUUCGUUUUCAGUGAAGGAAUAUGGCGUUCUAAUGUGGAUGAGAGGUUUAAAUGUAGCUAAAUUAAUGCGUUUUCAAAUGAAAAACAUAUUAGUAGGCCACGUGCACACUAAUCCGUCACUAAUCCAUAAACUCAGUUUUCAGUUUCCUGACAUCAUUGUUUUCCAAAGUAUGUGGCUGUGUAGUUUUUUCGAAACGCUCCAUUUUUGGUGGAGGAAACACCAUUCUAGUGUGGAUGAGAGGCAUCAAAUGUGUUUAUAAUCUAAAACUUAGUAGGUCAAGUCCACAACAAUCCAUUUUCAUUUGGAAACUCCAACACCAUUGUUUUCCAAAGUAUGCGGUUAUGGGAGAGUUUUUUUCAAACCGCUCCAUUUUCAGAGGAGGGAAACAGUUCUAAUGUGGAUAGAGGCAUUAAUGUAGCUAAAAUGCGUUUUCAAACCAAAACAUAUUAGUAGGCCACAUAAACACUAAUCCGUUUUUGUUUGAAAACUCAGGCAAAACAAUUACAUUGAAAACUAAGGCAACGUCCACGCUAAUACGUUUCAUUUGAAAACAUUAAUUUACGUUUACGCCUUUCAUCCACACUAGAAUGCCGUUUUCCUCUCCAGAAAAUGGUGUUUAGAAAACGAUGACAUUAAGAAACUGAAAACCGUUUUCAAAUGAAAACAGGUUAGUGUGGAUGUAGCCAAAAUUACUGGUCAAAUAAUGUUUUUUAUUCAACAGCAAAUUUCAAAUGUGAAAUUUUUUUAUCCUUUUGACUGGAAAGGAGGUGCCAUGGUUUCUGAAUCUGGCCCGAAGAGUUAGCGAGCGAUAGGGGAAGUUUGAGAGUGUUUGAGAUGGAGGACCAGACAUGGCGUAGUCGUUAAGCUAAACAGUCAAUGUGCUGUGCUGGAGUUCCAGUGUAAAGAGAAUCAUUGCAAGUAUGUAGUAUAAUGUCAUAAUGAGGGCUGAUAGUCAUGUAAUUUGUUUGCCUUUAUAGUAGGAAGGAAUUAAAUUUGUCCCCUUAUGUUAUGUAAUAUUUCGUGCACUGUUCACAAAUAGAAUAAAAUACACCAUCCACACGACAUCAUUUAUGAAACAUAAGCUUGGUCAGAACGUCAUACAUCAUGCUGUACUGUUGUGCCUGCCAUAUUGUGUAGUGGAACAUUAUAUUGGAAUGUAAUCAGUCUUUAAACUGAUCAAGACAGGUGGAGUAAGUUUCCAUCUUCAUAACGUUUCAGUCUGUAUUUCAUGUUCACAGAUUAAAAAUUUCAAGAAGUUGUUUGUAACCAAAGACAAUGUAUUCAUAUGCUCUGUAUUCAAUUACGAUUUAAGCUGUGCCAUUUCUUUUACAUACCUGUAUCAAGUUAUUGCUGUUUUUGACAGAUAGUAAGACACGUCUAUGACAACUUUAAUAUAUUGUAUUCUGUAUUUUCUUAUUGAUCUUUGUAUGUAGUAAUAUAUUUUCUCACAUGCAGCUGACUUGGAAAGUAAAAAAAAAAAACUACAUGGAAGGACAUUGAUAAAAAAAAAAGAUUUUUUUUUUUAUUACCAUAUGCUAUUUUUUCAGUGUAUCCACAAAUGAUAAAUAUAAUAAAGAAAUGUAAAGUCAUGGUACAAAA